AUGCUUACCCGAUUCGCUGCUCGUAACAAUCGCUCGGUUGUGUCUGCUGUUCGUCUGUUCUCCAGCAAGUCAAAUGUUGCUGCUGCAAUGGGCACUAAAGGCCAGACCCUUCUAUCUCAACACGUCCAGGAGGUAGAUCCUGAGAUGCACAAGAUUCUUGAGGGUGAACGCUCCAGGCAGAAGCACUCCAUUACUUUGAUUCCCUCUGAGAACUUUACUUCCAAAUCAGUGAUGGACCUACUGGGUUCCGAGAUGCAAAACAAGUACUCUGAAGGUUACCCAAGUGAGCGUUACUAUGGUGGUAAUCAGUUUAUUGACCAGGCUGAGUCUUUGUGUCAAAAGAGAGCUUUGGAAGUUUACGGUUUGAAUCCCGAAGAAUGGGGUGUUAAUGUGCAGGCCUUGAGUGGUGCACCAGCAAACUUGUACACAUACUCUGCUGUCAUGGAGGUUGGUGACCGUUUGAUGGGACUGGACUUGCCACACGGUGGUCAUUUGUCUCACGGCUACCAAUUGAGUUCCGGUACUAAGAUCUCGUACGUUUCCAAAUACUUCCAAACCAUGCCUUACCGCGUCAACCCUGCAACUGGUUUGAUCGAUUACGACACUCUGAGUAUGACUUCGAAAUUGUUCAGACCAAAGGUUAUUGUUGCCGGUACUUCCGCUUAUUCGAGAGUCCUUGAUUACAAGAAGUUCCGUGAAAUAGCAGAUGGUUGUGGAGCCUAUCUGAUGAGUGACAUGGCACACAUUUCUGGUUUAGUUGCUGCUGGUGUCACUCCUUCUCCAUUUGAGUAUUCCGAUAUUGUCACCACAACAACUCACAAGUCGUUGAGAGGUCCAAGAGGUGCCAUGAUCUUCUUCAGAAAGGGUGUUAGAAAAGUCACCAAAAAGGGUAAAACUAUCAUGUACGAUCUAGAGAAGAAGAUUAAUUUCUCGGUUUUCCCAGGUCAUCAAGGUGGUCCUCACAACCAUACCAUCUCUGCAUUGGCUGUAGCUUUGAAGCAGGCCUCUACACCCGAAUUUAAGGAAUAUCAACAGCAAGUUGUCGACAACGCUCGCGCUUUUGGUGAACAACUAUCCAAGCGCGGUUUCAAGUUGGUUUCUGGCGGUACCGACAACCAUCUGAUCCUGAUUGAUUUGUCCACCAUGGGUAUCGAUGGUGCUCGUUUGGAGACCAUCUUGGAGAAGUUAAACAUUGCAGCAAAUAAGAACACCAUUCCUGGUGACAAAUCAGCACUAUUCCCAUCUGGGUUAAGAGUUGGUACCCCCGCCAUGACCACUAGAGGUUUCAAGACCCAAGAAUUCUCUAAAGUCGCAGAAUUUAUCGAUUCGGCCACCAAGAUGGCCAUUGCUUUGAAAUCUCAAGAGUCUCCAGACACUAGCGACGUCAGAUCCAAAUUGGCCAAUUUCAAGCAAUUGUGUGAGGAAUCUAAACAAGUCAAAAACUUGGCUAAUGAGGUUUCUCAAUGGGCUGGCCAAUACCCAGUUCCUGGUGACUUAUGA